AUGGCACCCAAGUCGUCCUCCUCAGCAGCAUCGGCUGCCAAUCAUAGCCAGGACAGCGAGCGGCAGCCUCUGCUAGGUCCAGCGUCGGCUGCAUCCGACUAUAGCGCUAUUCCUCACGAGUCGGCGCCGCCCGCACCCCGAUCGAGGGGAUCGCCAUACUUGACGCUAUUCCUGCGAUUCUACUUUGCUGUGGGCGUGCUGCUCUUGCUGCCCGUCACAAUCCUGCUCAUUUUGCUCAUCAUCAACCUCUUCGAGCCCAUUCCGCUGCUCCUCCCGCCUCAUCGCUCGCCAGCGGUGUUGCCGCUAUGGUUCGGCCUCAUCUCGGUAUCCAUGCUAGGUCCUGGCCUGCUCUUCUUCGAGCUGGCAACCCACGCCACCAAUGUUUUCCAUCUCUUCGUCCUUUGCUGCACAGUCCUCGACGUCGUGCUGCUCCUCGCCGUGCCCGAGUUCCGCAUCACCCACUCCUACCUGGGCUUCACUUCGGUCGGCCUCUGCUUCCUCUCCACGCUCUGGGCGUUCCUCUCCUCGCACCAUCUUCAAAAAACAAGGAUCCCUUUCACCAUCAAUCCAGAUGUGGGCGCGCCCAUCGUCACCGAGGUUCCCCUCGCUCGAGCUCAGGCAAAGUGGAAGAGGCGUUUCAAGCUGAUCUGGGCCGUGCUUGGCUGCCUGGCUGUCGCUCUCGCAUCCGCUUUAGUCACCUUUGACUUGGUGCUCGACGCCGCCGACUCUGGCUUCAGGCCGCUCGGAAACCUCACCAUGGUACAUCCUACCUCACUCACAAAGCAAACGGUAUACCCGCAAGACCCCGCCGACGUCAAUCCGUACCCUGUCUCCUUCCGCCUUCAUCUCGCCUGCGAAUCCGCUCCCGCUCGCUCAGGCACCUCCAAGUCCCCCAACUCGUCGACUAUCGCGCCCACCGCUCUGGUAAUGUCGGAGCGUGGCGUAUCUGGCGUCGUCGCCGCACAAUUCCUUCGGGAGAUGGUGGCCAGAUCCAAUUCGAAUCUUGGCGGAGGGGACGACGACGGCCACCUCGCUCUCACUCGCGUGUGCUUUUGGGAUCGCAUCGGCUACGGACAUUCAGAUUUCGUCUAUCAGCCAACGUCGGUGCGAUUGCAAACCGAGGCACUUUACCAUGCCCUCCGCAAGCACGACCAGAUCGACCUCGACACUGCGUCCAAACGAUCGACACUCAAGAAGAAGAAGGGCGAUGGCGAAUCGCUCGGCAAGUUCAUGCUUGUUUCCACAGGUUAUGGUAACCUUUUCGCGCACGACUUUGCUGUCGAGCACCCCGAGCUCGUCCACUCGUUCCUCCACAUAGAUGCAGAGACUCCGGCGUCAUGGUACACCAACGUUGUCUCACGCGAUUCGGAAGCACGUGCUGGCUAUCUCGCCAAACGUCACGGACCGUUUGGCUCCCUUUUCUACGAUCUUCUGCCUGCUCUUGCAGAGCCAACCGGAAUCACACGCAUCAUCGGAAUGCUCAAGGGAAAGACAGUCGUCGACCGCAUUCUGGCUCCAGGACAGCGAGCACGCGCCGCACGUCAGCACGACAUGGGUGGCGGAGGCUGGCGAAUCUACGGCGCUGGAGGCGCCAACCCCCGGCUGCUCAUGUCGUCCUGGCUGGAGCGUUUAGACGCAAAUCUCGGAACUUUCAGCCCCAACUAUGCUCGUCUCAGCAAAUCAACCUCCGACUACCAGUCUCUCCUGACCAAACGGCCUGUUGCGGUGCUGUCCAGCUUCUGGAGAAUACAUGCCGAUGUCGACGGCUGGGGCGAGCAGCAGCGCGAGUCGUUGGUGGCACCAGCCAAGAAUAGCUCGACCUUGAUCGGCUGGUGGCGCGUAGGAGAUCGUAAAAAGAGAUCGGGCGGUGGAGACGAAGGCGGUCCCGCCGGAAUCUGCUCGACAAAGAUGGGCGUCAUCUUUUGCGAAGAGGCUGUUCGCAAAUUGAUCGCUGCCGGUCAAAUGUGGAAUUCGACAGCUGUAUGA